AUGUCAGAUUUCAACACAACCAAGGUCACCAACCCCUCCACCUUCAUCCUGCAGGGCAUUCCGGGCUUGGAGACAGCUGAUGUCUGGAUCGCCAUCCCCUUCUGUACCAUGUACAUUGUAACCCUCUUGGGGAACUUCACCAACCUGUUCAUUGUGAAGACGGAGUCAAAGCUCCAUGAGCCCAUGUACUAUUUUCUCUGCAUGCUCUCCGUCACCGACCUGGGUCUGUCCACAUCCAUCAUUCCCAAAGCACUGAGCAUCUUCUGGGUCAAUGCCAGAGAGAUAGAUUUCAAUGCCUGCCUCACCCAGAUAUUUUUCAUUCACUGCUUCAUAACAAUCGAGUCUGGGAUCCUUGUGGCCAUGGCUGUGGAUCGCUACGUGGCCAUCUGCCAUCCCCUGAGACAUUCCACCAUCUUAACAAGCGUUACAGUAACCAAAAUUGCCCUGGUCGUGGUGCUGCGUGGUGUCUUGAUCAUAUUGCCCUAUGUCCUCCUGGCAAGGCAGUGGUCAUAUUGCAGAACUAACAUAGUAUCCCAGCCGUACUGUGCACACAUGCCAGUGGUGGGACUAGCAUGUGGUGACACCCGAGCCAGUAGUCACUACGGCUUAUUUGUGCUAUUUUGUCUGAGGGGUCUGGAUGUGUUUUUUAUUGUUGUGUCCUAUAUUCAGAUCCUCAGGGCCAUCUUCAGCCUCCCCACAAAGGACGCCCGGACGCUGCUACAGACUGACAAGGAUACAGCUCUGGAGCCAGCAGCACAUACAAGAGUGGGGGGUCAAAUCAUGUAA